CAAAGAAAAAAAAGAUUUGUUACAGAGAACCAGCUAUGUCUUCUUCAAUGUCUUCUGCAGGCUCUUCCACACCCAAAUCCAAAAAGCUCAAAGGCAUUGUUGUGGACAUGGAGAAGUCGAAAGAGAAGGCAACAAGGAACACUAUUCUGAAACUAGGUUCUCCUCAAGAGGUUACCUCUGAAAGGAGGAUUGAGAACUCUAGUUUUGGAUCUAGUGCUGUCCGAAGAGGAAGAGAGAUCAUGAAGUUUUACCCGUCAAAAUCAAACAAGAUCUACACUUGUCAUUUUUGCAAAAAAGGUUUCUCAACCUCUCAAGCCUUAGGUGGUCACCAGAACGCGCACAAGCAAGAGCGGGAGUGGGACAAAAAGCGGAAGGAGAUGGAAGCUGAGUAUCCUGGACUCUCCUUUUUGAACCCUUUCCUUGAUAAGCCUCACAUUCUCUUAGGUGGUUAUUCACAAGAUGCUUUAUCAAAUGAAAAUCAUCUUGGGAUCACUCUUGAUCCUUUUAAACGCUUAAUUUACCCAUCUUUCAAUGCGGGUAUGAACAUGGCUGUAGUUCCUCGUGUCACUCCUACUCGCUUCUUCACCGGGAACACUAGUACCAAUGGUUCUACUUCAAGGGUCCCUGAUCCUUUACCAUCCUACAACAACCUUUACCCAUCAAACUCUAGAAACGUUCUUCCUUUUCCUCCUCCUCAAACCACCAAGCUUUCUAGCAAUUUCGUCUCGCAAGGAAACGUUUUAAGCGAAGAGAAUUUCAUCUCAAAGAUUGGAACAAACAAUAUUGUGGAGAUUGAUGAUGAUGAUGAUGAUAUUCAGCCAGAAGAAGAAAAAACUAAAAGCGGGAGAAUUGAUUUAUCUUUAUCCCUUUGAGUAUCUUUUUUUAGUUCUAAGCGUUAUUUAAGUUUUCAUUUCAGAGGUUUCAUAGUUAUUAGAGAUCUCUAUUCACCACAGUUCUAUAUGAAGAUUGU